AUGGCUCCUCUGACACUGCUGGCGCUGGCCAUGGGCUUGCAUUGCACUGUAUUUGAAUACCUAGCCCCAUACACAUGUGACCCAUUCCAAGUUGCGCCGAAAAUGUUUCAGCAGAAAACAGUCCCCAAACCGGGCCACGCGUCCAAGGGUCGCAUACAUACAGUAGGUAGGAGUACGUACAUGGUAAGAGUAGGUACAGUAGGCACAUGGGCAGGAAAACAGGAUCUCGCCCAGCGUGCAGCGCAGUGCAGCAACGACGCUGUUAGCCGGGCCGCUCUUCGUGCCGCUAGCCGACCAGCGGCCCUCUUAACGGACGAGUCUUUGAGGAGGAUGAGUAGAGGAAGGGUAUCAGUUUCCACCGGAGUCUCUGGUACUACCCGUUGGCUGACCGAAGGCUGGCGAAGGCUGGCGAAGGCUGCUGUCGAAUGCCUGCCCGCGUUCCUUGAACUGCCUUCUGCUGCCAAUGCCCGACCCAAUCGCUUCCUGGCCGCAGGCCCCUGCAUAGCGCCGCCAGAUGCAGACAAGCGUGCAACGGGCCUCGGGAGCUCCAAUGCGCCCAGUGGCUGCCCAGGUGCACCGUGCACUGCAUCCCCACUCGGCAGACCAGCAUCCGCAGUCACCGGCUACUUCCUGUGGUGUUCCUAUAUCAGCAUUGUGCUUCUACCGUAUCUACAGCCAGCCAGGCCUAGCACUCUGAUUCAAAGCCACGGCCUACCUCGUCUACACUCAAACUGGCAUAUGCCUUCCACCAUCUGGCUAGUCAACUCUGACAGGACAGAGAAAGAGACCAUAACAGCUGGGUGGAUACGUGAAGUAGCCACCACUAUCCUAGAUCGUCAACCCGCUCUUGUGUUACAACCCUCUUCGCGCAGAACUGCAACAUCUUCAUCGCCAACGGGUAUCGGCUACAAUAAUAUGGGCAUGGAGUCUGUAUCACACUUCCAGCUUGGCUUCCAUGCCAUAUAUGCAUUCAACAAUGGCAAGGUACCCGAGCUAUCUCUCGAGGAUAUGGACAGUUUUCCCUACUCUCCCAUACCACAGUGGUUUCGCUCUCGCGCAUCGCUUGCCAGUGCUGUCCGAGGCCGUUUGUGCGUGGAUCAGCAGAGACCGCAUAUACUCCCUCCAUUGGUAUGCUGCUAA